GCAGCCACUGUGCACAUCAGCAAUGUGAACGGGUCCCUGUGGGCCAGUGCUCACGGCAAGGCUCCCCACACAGGGAAAUAAAUGUACUUUAAGCAGUCGGAAAGAGAGGGGGAGAGCGAGGUGAGAACGAGAAGUGAAGAUGAGGGAGUUGGGAAAGGGAGAUUGUGGGAGGGAGAGAGCGAGGAAGAGACGGAUGUUGCCUGUUAACCUCAGACAGGAAUAUAGGCAAGAAAGUGUUCUUUCCAGCCUGACAUAUUGCUCUGGCGUUUGCAGCUUCUGAAACAUUGACAACUUGGCUGUAGUUAUCACGUCGCAUUAAUCCAUGUGUUAUAAGACCUGCCAAUCAAUCUGGGAGUGAUGGCAGGUUCCUGCGUUUUGAAUGUUCCUUUCCCCAUGUUUAUAUUUGAAUCACAGAUUGGGCCGUUCAGCAUAUGCAGCUUGCACAUGAGAUCCAGUGCCACCCCUCAAAACCUCGCAGUUAAGAUGAACUCAAUUACUAAGAUGUUGGGACAUUAAAAUGGAUUUUUUAGGUCUAUAGGUCCGAAAUCAAUCUGUAACACAGCUUUAGCUAAGGAUAGCCGAGACUAGUCCAACUAGUCUUAACCAGCCUAACGCAUAUCACUGUGGGGUUACCUUACUUUCUGUUAUUCCUAUAAAUGUACACAUUUCUGUAGCGCAAUAGGUUUUUAAGGUUAUGUUAUCCAGAUACCUGGUGGCAGAGGAUCGUUGGGCCAACGAGGAACACCUGGUGCUGCUAAUGGUCUCUCUGUCUGCUGCAGGUUUCUGCUUCUCUUUUCAGUGACUAAGAGCACCCAACAACAGAGAACAUGGCAUGCUCUCAUUACCUCAACGAGGAGAGAAAACAUUACCAAGUGGCAGAGGUCCUCGCUUAAGUAAACCGAGCCGAGCCGAGACAGGGACAGAGCCUCAGGACUCCAGGUCCAGGUCUAGGUCCAGGUCUAGGUCCAGGGUCCAGGGUCCACGGAGGCUAUCGUGGAAGCGAAGAUGCGGGCGCUCGGGGCCGUGACAGUCGGUGUGCUGUGGGCGCUGCUGGCCGCUGCGGUGCCCGACGACGUGUCGGAGCUGGCGACGCUGGUGCAGGAGCAGUUCAAGCCCGAGUCCUCCCUGCUGAAGCCAAAGGUUAUGAUCGCCAUUGUGGCUCGCAACGCAGCGCACAGCCUGCCACACUACCUGGGCUGCAUCGAGAGGCUGGAGUACCCGAAGGAGCGCAUCGCGAUCUGGGCGGCGACAGACCAUAAUGUGGACAACACCACUGCUAUGUUGAGAGAAUGGCUGAAGAGAGCCCAGAGCGUCUACCACUACGUGGAGUGGAGACCCAUGGAGGAGCCCAAGUCCUACACAGAUGAGUGGGGGCCGAAGCACUGGCCUCCUUCGAGGUUCAACCAUGUGAUGAAGCUGAGACAGGCGGCGCUGAAGGCCGCCAGGGAACGAUGGGCCGACUACAUACUUUUUGUCGACAGCGACAACCUGCUGACCAACCCCCGCGUGCUGAACCUGCUGAUGGCUGAAAACUUGACCCUGGCUGCUCCCAUGUUAGAGUCUCGCUCGCUCUACUCCAACUUCUGGUGCGGCAUCACCCCGCAGGGUUACUACAAGCGAACCCCGGACUACCAGCCCAUACGGGAGUGGAAGCGGCUCGGCUGCUACGCCGUUCCCAUGGUGCACAGCACCUUCUUAAUGGACCUGCGUCGGGAAUCCAGCCGGGACCUGUCCUUCUACCCCCCUCACCCGGACUACAGCUGGGCCUUCGACGACAUCAUGGUGUUUGCUUUCUCGGCUCGUCAAGCAGGUGUGCCGAUGUACGUGUGUAACAGAGAACAUUACGGUCUCCUGCCCGUCCCUCUCAAAGCGCAGCAGAGCGUGGAAGAAGAAAGAGAGAGUUUCAUACACACCAUCACAGAGGCUUUAAUUGACCACGACAUCGAGCCCUCCGAGCACCUGUACUCUCCGCCCUCCCUGCAGGGCACCAUGGGCUUCGAUGAGGUUUACCUGAUCAACCUGAAGCGUCGGCUGGACAGAAGAACCAGGAUGUUGAAAACGAUGUCUUCGCUGGGUAUACACACCACGCUGAUGGACGCAGUGGACGGAAAGGCUCUCAAUACGUCCCAGCUGCAGGCUCUAGGAAUAGAGAUGCUGCCGGGCUACAAGGACCCGUACUCCGGCCGGGUGCUGACCAGAGGGGAGAUCGGUUGCUUCCUCAGCCACCACUCCGUAUGGAAACAGGUGUUGGAGCGCGGCCUCCAGAGGGUUCUUCUUUUAGAGGACGACGUGCGGUUUGAACCCAGGUUUAAACGACGGCUCCAGGCCAUAAUCGAUGACAUAGACAAAACCCAGCUGGACUGGGACCUCAUCUACGUGGGGCGUAAACGCAUGCAGGUGCAGCAGCCGGAGCAGUCGGUGGACGGCGUGAACAACCUGGUCAAGGCCGACUACUCCUACUGGACGCUCGGCUACGCGCUGUCGCAGCAAGGAGCCCGGAAGCUGCUGGCCGCCGACCCCUUCACGAGGAUGCUGCCCGUCGACGAGUUCCUGCCCGUCAUGUUCGACAAACACCCAAACACUCAGUUCAUGUCUCACUUUGAGCCGCGGGACCUGAAGGCCUUCUCCGUGGAGCCGCUGCUCAUCUAUCCCACCCACUACACCGGAGAGCCGGGCUACAUCAGCGACACGGAGACCUCCACCAUCUGGGACGACGAGGCCGUGUCCACAGACUGGGACCGGCAGGACGCCCGCAAGACGGCGCAGCAGGACAGCAUCCGGCCCGUGGCGCAGAACAGCGUCUCCGGAGAAUCGCCGCCGCCUGCAGCUCGAGCCUCGCGGGACGAACUCUGA